AUGGUACACUUCAUUUUUAUCGCCUUACGAAGCAUGCGUUUUAUGCGAAGAUUGGUGAGAAACCUCCAAUACUUGCUGUUGCCGAUAACUUCUUCAUUGCUUUUUAUAUAG